CGCGCUGGGGUGGUGCGAGGCGCACGCUGCGGCUGCUGGGCGGCUGGUACUGAUCUACCAAGUCUGAACGUUCGGACUAAAGAGCUCGACGCGGGACUUCAGUGCGGGAUUCACACACAUACCUCAGAAUGCCGGGUCUAAGUUGUAGAUUUUACCAACACAAAUUUCCUGAGGUGGAAGAUGUAGUGAUGGUGAAUGUAAGGUCCAUUGCUGAAAUGGGAGCUUAUGUCAGCUUGCUAGAAUACAACAACAUUGAAGGCAUGAUUCUUCUCAGUGAAUUAUCCAGACGGCGUAUCCGUUCUAUAAACAAACUCAUCCGAAUUGGCAGGAAUGAAUGUGUGGUUGUUAUUAGAGUGGACAAAGAAAAAGGAUAUAUCGAUUUGUCAAAAAGAAGAGUUUCUCCAGAGGAAGCAAUCAAAUGUGAAGACAAAUUCACAAAAUCUAAAACUGUUUAUAGCAUUCUUCGUCAUGUUGCUGAGGUAUUAGAAUAUACCAAGGAUGAGCAACUGGAAAGCCUGUUCCAGAGGACUGCCUGGGUCUUUGAUGACAAAUACAAGAGACCUGGUUAUGGUGCCUAUGAUGCAUUUAAGCAUGCAGUCUCAGAUCCAUCUAUUUUGGAUAGUUUAGAUUUGAAUGAAGAUGAACGGGAAGUACUUAUUAACAAUAUUAAUAGGCGUUUGACCCCACAAGCUGUCAAAAUUCGAGCAGAUAUUGAAGUGGCUUGUUAUGGUUAUGAAGGCAUUGAUGCUGUAAAAGAAGCCCUGAGAGCAGGUUUGAAUUGUUCUACAGAAACAAUGCCCAUCAAGAUUAAUCUAAUAGCUCCUCCUCGGUAUGUGAUGACCACGACAACCCUGGAGAGGACAGAAGGUCUCUCUGUCCUCAAUCAAGCUAUGGCUGUUAUCAAAGAAAAGAUUGAGGAAAAGAGGGGUGUGUUCAAUGUUCAAAUGGAGCCCAAGGUGGUCACAGAUACAGAUGAGACUGAACUUGCAAGGCAGCUGGAGAGGCUUGAGAGAGAAAAUGCAGAAGUGGAUGGAGAUGAUGAUGCAGAAGAAAUGGAAGCAAAAGCUGAAGAUUAACUUUGUGGGAAGCAUAGUCUAAUUUGAGGAACAUGAAGCAGCCCUUCUUGGCUAUAAACCCUAGACUUGAAAGUUUUCCAGUAUUGAAAACUUCAAAGCCGAAUAUUUUUUAUUUCUAAGUAUUUAAAUAUUCCAACACUGUAAAACAUGAAAUGCCCUCCUAAAUGUCAGCUGUUUUCACACAGUAACUCUUGACACGUUUUUUUAAGGGAGCAGCCCAAUUUCACGAGAGAAAAUCUUUGAGCUUAGAACAGUCCUAAAAUUGGGCUUGUGAUUUCCAUUUCUGAUGUCUCCAGAUUGGCACCCUUUGAGUUCAGUGCCUCCGUGAGAUUUACCAGGGGCCCCCAAAAUAAACAAUAACAAUCCCAAUCUUUCUAUAUAAAAUGUAUUAAAGCAAAAAUCAAAUAAAUUUCUGGGAUAUUUAACUAUAGGCCUCUUCCUUCUUGUCACCAGUUAAAAGCAUUCUGAAUGAGAAGACCCUAAUUCUCUUUUAUCUUUAUUUUGGUCUAGAUGCAGAAAUAUAAGAGCAAGUUAUCAAAGGAUAUGUACAACAAACCCUUUUAAGAGAAAAUGAUUUUAACUCAAUCACAGUGAUAUUGACCCUUGGAGGGUGUAAAGCCUUAAAAUGCAAUUAAAGAAUUACAUUGUUAUGUGCCUUUUAACCUAUUUGAGAUUGAUGACAACUUGUGGUUAUGAGAGUUUAUGACACUGGGUCCUUAUUGAUCUACUAACCACUUGGCUUAAGUUUGAUUCAUUCAAGAUGGUAAAGUAUGUUUGUAUUUAAAGAUGCUGCUUCUUUGAUUUACUUAUUUUGAGUAUCAUUACCCAAAUUUUGAUAUUUUUUCACCCCCUUUAAAAUAUCUGCUAGGUACCACAUAGAUCUUUGGUUCUCUUUAUAACAGAAUAUAGAUUUGUCUGAAUGCAGUUAUAGUGGGGUUUUUUUUUUACAUUUUAUCUUCAAGAACUAGUUGUUAUAAAAGUAUAUGCACAAAAUUAAUUUCACAGGUAAUAUAUCUGAUGGUACAGCUACAGUAGUCGGGUGUAGAAAAUAUUGAUUUACUUUGGUGUGUUUGUAGAUUUAAUCUUUUAGGAUAUUUGAGGUACUAGUUAUUGAACUUUACUGCUAGCCCUAAGAACAUCUAUUAAAACAUAGAUCAGCCGGUCAUGGUAGUGCACACCUAUAAUCCUAGUGGUUCAAGACACUGAGACAGGAGGGGCUCAUGUUUAAAGCCAGCCUCAGCAGCUUAGCAAGGCCGUAGGCAACUCGGCAAGAUCCUGUCUCUAAAUAUAUGUGGCUCAGUGGUAAAGUGCCCCUGGGUUCAAUCCCUGGUGCCAAAAACAAAACAAAACUCUGCAGAUCAAACUCAACUCAUCCUAGUCAACCCAGGACUAGUUGUAACUCAUUACAGCUUUUUUUUUUUAAUGCUUUUGGAGUUGGGUGCUCUAGUGUACAGCUAUAGUCAGACCUGCUUCAGGAGGAUUGCUUAAGCCUAGGAGUUUGAGGCCAACCUUGACAACAAAAGUAUGAUCGUAUCUUUUUUUUUUUUAAAAGGGGAACUGAUUAGAAAAUACUUAGAAGAAUUUAUUGGUGAAAGAGUUUCUGCCAAUUAUGAAAGUUUGUCCGUUUGUUUACUUUGUCAGGUUGUGUGAGCUUUUUAAUACAAAGAUUUAACUUCAGAUGGCCCAUUCCAAGAAGUUUGCCAGCCAACAUGCCACAUGGGGAAUAGAAUCUGGAUGUAUUAAAGAUUGACACAAAAUUUUUACUUCUAUAUUUGAAACAUCAAAGUUUUAUAAAAAUUCCUAGCAUCAAAAUGUUACCAAAAUACAAUAGGUGCUCCUUUGGUGUAUGCAUGGAAAUUCAAUGUUUACUGAAGUUUUCAUACUUUGAAAGCCAUAACUGUUGGAAAAUAUUGGUGGUUUCCAUGGUGACUGAUUUUUUUUUUUAUCCUAUGUGGGCCUUUUACUCAGUUCUGCAACAAUUUUGUAAAUUGUUGACCCUAGCCAAAGAAAGGAUCAGUGUUUCACUGAUAAGAGUACGAGAACAGAUUGAACUUAAAAGUGUCUAUAUGCUGACCUAAAAAUAGGGACAAGAUACCUGAGGACAAGGUAAACAACAUAUUCCUGAACAGCUCGAACAGGACAGACAAUGACAGUUGAGCAGCCUAUCCAAAUCCUGAUUCUCCACCAAAGCCUUUUCAUUAAAAAUAUUCAUGUUACCUGUUUAUUCCAUCUCAGCCUCUGUGGUCAAAUGGUUAGUUCUGAGAACCAAAUUAGCAACAGGUUGAGUCUUGUUUGUGCAUACCUUAAUUGAAAAUGGUGAAAAGGAAAUAGGAAGGUUUGAACUUCUUUUAUUUUUAUGGAUUUUAUAGCAAGACAAGCUGAUUCUUGUACAAUGUUCAGAUACUUUGGGGAGCUACAGAGAUAUGAUAAUCACUAUCAUGCUAAGCAGAGUUAUUACUCAGCUGGCAUACCUCAGCCAUUUAUAAUUCACCUGUACAUCAAGAACAAUUUAAAUAGUAGGGAUUUUUAAGAAGUUUUAAUGCUAGUACCAUUUUGCUGAUUUGCCUCAAGCUGAUGGUCACCUACUUUCCAAUUCUUAGAAAUCCUAUUUCCCAUGUAAAGGCACCAUUGUGCCAAUUUUGAGAUUGGGCAGUCAUUAAACCAAGUGUACUUUAAUUCAGAUAAGCACCAAUCAAUACUCAAAAAGCAAUAAACGUUUUUUUAAAAUUGUUUUAAAGCAAUAAAAUUCAAUAGACUUUAGACAUUAGCAAAAGGCCAAAUAGAAAAUGGUGCUUUAAAGAGUAGGAAUAAGGUAAAACAGCUUGGACUCCCCAAUCCUGGUCAGUUAUUAUGGGACAAAAUUAAUAGAGGAGACGGUUCAGUCUUAAGAGGACACGUUUUUAUUUAAGCACUAUGGAAGUAGCCACUCCCCUUAAAUAUAGGUUACAUAUUUUAUUUAUUCAUUGAAGUCCAAGCACUUGUACUUGGCAAGAACACUGGCAAUGGCUUAUGCCA